CCGAAGCAAGCUAUUCGAUUUGGUGCAGUAUUGUUGACAGUGAACAGAGCUAUUCAAUUCGGCCCAGCAAUGGGCUGGGACAAAUAGUGAAUGAUAUUUAUAUCGCUGCUGAAUUUGAUAACCAUUGAGUGCUCUUGAAAAAGUUGUAAACAUCAUUCUGAACAAUAUUAUUCUUUUAUUGUAUUGGAUUUAUUUCCAAGAAAUAAAUCUGUUUGAUUGGUUUUUAGUUUCUAACCUGAAACUGAAAAUUUUAAUGAAAUUAUUAUAACGUAAUUUCUUACUGCCCAAUAAUUAUAAUAAAAUUACUUCAUAAUGGCUGGAAGUAGUUCAGAUGAUGAAAAGGAAGUAGAAAGACCUUUGGUUGCUAAAACGGCUGUAGACUUACAAAGGUUGAAACUUCAAAAAUUAAUGAAAAAUCCAGAGAAACCAGUGGUGAUUCCAGAACGUCCAAAACCUAAAAACAAUCCUUCGGUACCUGAAUUUGUGCGUAAUGUUAUGGGUAGUAGUGCCGGAGCAGGAAGUGGAGAGUUUCAUGUCUAUAGACAUUUGAGAAGAAAAGAAUAUGCAAGACAAAAAUGUAUUCAAGAAAAAAGUCAAAAGGAACUGCUUGAUGAAGAAUAUCACAAAAAAUUGGAAGAAAAUAAAAAGCUAGCUGAUGAAUUAACAGCUAAGAAACGUACUAAAAGAUUAAAGAGAAAACAAAAGCUGAAGCAAAAAAAGUUCAAGCCAUCAAAUAAGAAAAAGGCUAAUCAAGCAGAAAGCAGUGAAAAAAGUGAUUCUGAAAAUGAAAGCUCUGAUGAAGAAAAAUGUGAGUUUCAAACUGUAAGAAAAAGUUUAAUAAAGGAGCCUAGUGAACAGAAUGAAGUUGAAAGUGAAAUUAGUAAUACAAAUAAUAAAGCUGUUUCUGAAUCUAAUAAUCAAUCCAAUAACAUUAUCAUAAUAGAUCAUGAAAAAAAAACAAAUAGUGAAGGCAAUAAUUAUAUCAAAUUAGACAAAGCAGAGGUUAAUAAUGAUAGUGGUCAAAAUACAGGAAAUGACUCUAAUAGUAGUGAAAAAGACAAUGUAGAAAGUAAACACCAAAAUGACAAUUAAGAUAAAGAAGUUAAAAAAUUCGACAUUUACAGAUUGUAAAUUAUGUAUUUUUUUAUAUAAAUUAAGUUAAUGAACAAUUAUGUACAUUUAAAAAAUGUUUUAUAUACAAUUUACGUAAACGU